CUGUGGGGUGGCUCAGAAAGGGGGGACGGGGUGUCUGCUUCCAGGGUGGGGGCAGCUGGUGCAGCCUGUGCUCUCCAGGGAGGGGGGGGGGUCUGAGAAAGGUCCCUGACUGUCACUGCACUGAGCAGCCUCCUGUAUCACCUGCCCAAGAACAGCUGGGAGCCCCCAAGGCUCUGCUGCCUGCCUGCGUCCCCUCCAGCUGCUCCUCCCCUGGCCAGGAACAUGGCCCUUCCCUGGCUCAGGGCUCUGCGCAGCGCCCCCUCCCCUCAGGAGCCGGCUGCCGUUGGAUUAUGCACCGCUACAGGCGCCUGGGAUUCUCACUGCAUCACAUGCUCCUUUCCCUGUCUCCACCUCCCUGGGAGAAGGGCGGGGGGGGGUCCUUGUUUUACACAUGGGGAGCAGAGGUGACCCAGCACUGUCCCUACAGGGAGUGGGCCGCAGAGCUGGGAUGAAAAGGCAGGGGCUUGGCUCGCUCUCCCCUCUCCGCACCGAUUGGGGUGGGGUCGAUUCCUGCAGGAGGAUGGGGUUAGUUAGUUCAGUGUUGUAGAUGGGUUUGGGGGUACGUGUCUGAAGUCCCCGGGCCCUGCUCUGUGGAGUGUGAGGCUGCUGCAGUAACUGCCAGGAAAAGCACUGGGAGAGCCUGGAGCAGUAUCCACCAGGGGCUGGAUUGACUUGGCACGGGGGGAGGGGUAAUCAUUGUAUGCCCUUGGCCCACCCACUGCCCCUGGGAUUCCCCCCAGCAUGGUGCCUCUGCAUGGCAGUACGGGCUUAUGGGGCUGUACCCACGGCAUCCGAGUGUCCCUUCCACUGUUCCCUUCAGCGAGAGCCGAGUGCCUUUGAAAUGCCACCCGUUAGCCAAAGCCCAAUGCCCCCGGGCUGUAUUUCCCGCCCUUCGACCUGCCUGCUGCCAUGGUGGGGAUGGGCAGCACUGCUGCCGCCCGUGGGAGAGGAGGGUGUUGGGUACGAUGGGCCUUUGAACUAGAAAUGGGGAUUUAAAUAUCUUUCCAGGGCAGAUGCUGAGUUUGUACGGCAGGGGGAGAGCACAGGGGUUAGGGGUGGCCAGUGUUGAUCUAGCCCCUGGGCGUGCCCAUAUCUCAUACCUCAUGCAAACUGACGGGCCUGGAAGAAACGCACGGUCGGAGGGCGUGUGCAAGCACGUGUGACUCAGCUCACCACACUGGCCAAAUGCAGGCAGACAAUGGCCCUGACUCCAGCCAUCCUCACGCUCGGAGACUGCGGGCCCUGCACCGGCUGGCUCGAGAUGGAGUGUGGCAUGCUGGGACCCAAAGGCUCUGGAGUUGGCACUUCCGUUGGCGAGGAAGGUGGCAGCCAUGCACUGUUGGUUCAGGCCGGUCGGGUGCAGUCCCUGGGUUCUUUGCCAGCUGCCAACAGCCCUUCAGUCGGGCCAAGUGUGGAUGGUUCGGGUCGGUUUGCUGCCCCUGUUCGAGACGGGGCUCACGGUUAUCAAGUAUCAGCUACUGACUGGGCAGCCAGAGCCUCGGCUUUACAGACACCCCGUGCCUUGGCCGACGGGCAGGGAGUGGCGCCUGGGGCCCUGCACCCCUGCUCCGCUAGCAACGUUUCCUUCGUGAUUGCAUGGGGGGGCUCGCUGGCAAAGGGGGCGCGUUUCCCUGCCGUGUUCACAGGCUCGUGCGGGUGAAGCUGCCGGGCCAAGGGCUGCAGGAUUUGUCCCUUGCCUUCUGCAGCGGGACGGACGGUUCCAGGGCAGCGGGCGAUUGGAAGCAACAGGAACAAACGUGGGGCUCAUUAAACUGUCCUCGCCCUUUCGUUGAGCAGGGGUCUCCUGCAGCUCCCUGGAUGGGGGAUACCGGGACGGGGGAGCACCCAGGCCCCAGCCACGGGGCGACUGAGCUCGGCUCUGCCCACUCCCCCGGGCAACACGGAUCCCCCAGGCAGAGCCUCACGGUUCUAAAGCGUGUGCUGCUGCCAUGGUGACCGGGGCGCCAAACGGUAACGGGACGGCAGCGCCCCCAGCGCCCAGCGCCCGCCCCGUGACAAUGGCACCUGGCCGGGAAAAACUGGGCAAGAGCAGCAAUGCCCCCUCGCUCCAGCAGCUCCUGAGGGAAGAGGAGCUGCUGAAGAAGGAGGCUGCCUACCAGAAUCUGGUUAAAAGCUGGCAGUGGGGCCGUGUCCUCUGUCUCCAGAGGGAGAAGCAGGAGGAGAAGAGGCUGGUGACGGGCUGCCAGAACCUGCGGGCUGGCGUUGCAGAGGAGCUUCGCUUCGCGAACAAGGCGCUGCUGAUGGUCCGGCGCGCGGCCCUGCGCUACCUUCUACACUGCGAACACCUGCAGCACCAGCGGGAGCUGAACCAUGGGGGGAAGUCCUUCUACGUGGAGAGGCUGUGAGCGCCCAGCUCUGGGGAGCAGCGACCUGCCCACACCGGCCCCCUCGCUCCGCCAAACUGCGACCCACAGCGGCCCAGGUUUCCAGGGGACCCCAGGCUCUGCACCUUACAGCACUUCCCCGUCCCGCCCCAGAGCCGCCUUCCCGACGGGACAGUCGUGGCUGUUGCUAUUUCAGAGACAGCGUCAAACCCUCCCGAGAAUAUUAAAGUGUGGAGCUAAG